AUGAAAUCCACCUCAGGAAAAAGCGCCAAACUGAGGAAGUUCUUUAAGAAGACAUCACCAAUAGAUGACGCAACAGUCGACUUCCGCACCGGUUUCCCCAAGCCGACUUGCGAGCUGUGUCCUCCUAAAUCGGAGGCCCUGCUUGCACCAGGAAUGACGAUAACCAGGCACAUGCGAGCCGAACAUCCCGGCUGCACCAGGCCGGCGGAUGGACGCGGUUACAAUUCGGCAGGACACUAUUGCAGAGGAUGGGCAGGCAAUUGCGGAGACGGGGGUACAGAAGGUAGUUCCUGGUACCUCCUGUGCGAUUCCUGUCGCGAACGAUACCUCUACAUCGCCUCUUUACCAGAAUCGACAUCCAACACAAAUGCAUCUGGAACAGACAUGUUGCAUCCUGCAUACAAAACAAGAACCACCGACAACAACAGUGCUGAUCUCCAAAUGGCCGAUCGCAAACUGUAUGCCCGACACGCCCUGUCACCAGUCGUCUGCUCCGGAACAGAAUUGCACGAGAUGAUAAAACAAAACGCGAUGUUUUUGCUGGAACUGGCGUCGGCUGCAAACACUGGUUUAGCGACUCACAAUAUAUCGAACCGCCGCCUUUCCCAAACGAGCUACUCUCCUCUGCCUUCGGUGCGAGAACGAGGUGGAGCAGCCUCUGCUUUGCACUGCUCCGCUGCGACGGGAGUUUCGCCCCCGGAUCAGUCGCCGUGGACGCCACUGCCUCCGUUCCAGUGCCUCCAGGCUUUAGGGGCGAACGGAGCAGGAGGAUCGGGGGAUACGCCGCCACAAUUUGGAGACGACGCCUUGGGAGGACUGUUUUGUACGGAUGAAGAUCUGUAUAGUAAUAAGAGGCAUUCGACUGGGCCUGAUAGCUUAUCAAAGAGGGUUACCUUAAAGGCAAUUCCCGUAGACGGUGGACCAAAUGUGGACAUUUCCACCACCACAAGCGACCCCCAACCUGCAGCCAACUCUUCAAAUUUUACUGCCGCAUCAGCACCAUUUGUCAAUCAAACCACUUUCCGGGAGGACACCCUCCUCCGCCUGCUGCCAAAUACGAGCCACCGUCAGGGACAAGAUGCUUUCUCGAAUUACUCCUUCGAAGAAUUUACGCCUGGCGACCGGUCCUGCUUCUUAUUCCGGCCGCGCGGCGUCGCAGUGUCCGACGAGCGAGACGGUUCGUGUCACGGCUGUCAAGACUCUGGCGCGUAUAUCGGGGGAACCUGGACGCCCACUGCAGUGGGUGACUACACUCUUCAGGCUACCGUCGAUGGAUAUCCAUUGCCUAAGUCGAUCACUGUCCGCGUCCUGGCGCCUCCUGCAGGAACAGCACCGCCUCCGCCGAGACGACCGGCAGUUCCUCCCACAAUUCCACCAGAUGCGCCUGCAGAACGACUGCUGCGUUUCACGUGCAGACCGAGUGCAGGGCUAAGGAUCAGGGCUCAUCCUUCGUUUGCAGAGCGAGGAUCAGGGCUCAUCCUUAUUCACAACGAUGAUGGUGUAUGGGUCCGCCUAAGUCCAGACACAAUGCGUGCUUAUUGUGCACCUGAUGUCCAGGAAGCCUGGUGUCUACAAUUCAACAGACAUUAUUCCAGGGUGCUUUUGACACCCGUAUCUGUCCAUCAUGCACAUCAAUCGACAGGAUUAGGAGAUCGUUUGAUGAUCGAUGCAAAUUCACCCGAGUUACCUGGAGCGUCGACGAGUGCACCCAAAGGGGGUCGUAAACAAUCUCAUCGCUACAUCAUUAGCCAGAGAGGUGUUUUUGCUCCACAAAGGGCAAUGCGAGGUCCUUCACUGAAAUUGCCGUCAGAUGUUUUUGUUCAUGAAGGGGAAGAAAUUUUCAUCAGAGAAUAUGUUAUUAACGAAGAAGGUGCUUGGGGCCGCAUAGGAACAGCAGUAGGCAGACACAUCCCCGAACACGAAGCCUACUGGCUCAUAACAUCAUCACCAGGACCUGGUGGUAAAUUCGUGCUCGACGAACGCGCAGGACUCGUCCACCAGGACACGACGCCUCCGGAAGCACCACCAGGAGCACCUGCCGAAAAACAGGCGUUCGAUUUCGCUUCUUAUGGACCGGCGAGCACUUUUAGAUUCCAACCGAGCAAGUCAUCUCAGGAACCAGCGAUGUCAGCAGGAUCAUCUGCAGAGAUUCAGGAGGUCAAUCCGUUUGUUUUCGGAGAUCACCAGCAGCAAACUCCUAAAGACAAAUAUUCGGUUAAGAAAAUUAAGACUGCUACUAAACAGGAUACUGCAAGCAUGGUGGCUGCAGCUUCGCAGCAAUCAAAAAGUGGACUCAACAAAAUUGCUGAAAACUUUGAAAAGUCGAGUUCACCACCCAAGGGAAUCACAUCACAGAAAAGUGUAACUAGUACAAGUGCCAGUUCCAUAUGUAGUGUUGGAAAUGCCAUAAAUAGCGUUGUUGGAAGUAGCGGGACAAAAUUCCAAGCCCUCCAAAAAUGGUUUAAGGGCGAAGAAGGCAAAAAUUCUGGUGCUGACAAAAAGAAGAGUGAUAGCGAAAAAUCAGAACACCAUACCAACACUACAUCAAGUGGUAUAUCGGUACGUGAUUUGGUCAGAGCAAUUGGUUCCAAUGGUAACCAAUCCCAAAGUGACCAUCAUGGUCAACAGCAGCCACAAAAGCGCAAAAAUGUUAGUGGAAGUUCCAGUCCGGUCACCAUACCAGGUCGUGCAGACAGGGAUGCAGCUGGUAGCAGUUCACCAAGAAGCAUCGGAGUUUCACCUCUAGUUUCAGGUACUCAACACACCCAGGAACGUAGAGGUUCAACUUUAUCGGAUACUUCGGCCUUAGUGAGUUCUUUGACAAGAGAUUUGUCACAAAGUCCCAGUCCUGUGACGUCACAGGCUGCAAUGCCACCUGGAAACAAUCAGGCUAAUCAGCAACCUGCUGCUGCUUGCAGCCCUGCUAGCAGCAAAAGCGAGGAUUUGAUGGAUAGUCCUAGAAAGUUGGCACAGACUGGUACCCAGACAUCUCCUGAAAAUUCUGAUGUCGUUUCUGCAAAUACUGCCAUAAGGAGUCAUUUUUCGAUUGGAGCAGAUGGUCCGAUGUCCCCAAAAGCCUCAAGAAACCACCACAGACAAUCAUCGCCCAAAUCGCGCGGCAAGAGAUCCAUCAGCCCCAGAGGCGACUUCAACGUAUCAUCAGCUUCGGCAGCCUGCGGCAAUGCCUUUUCAGAUGCUGCAGCAGCAGCAUUUAACACAUCGACAACUUUCAGUCGUGCUCCUGGAGGACCCAUCAAUUGGAAAUUUAAUACUGAAAAUCAGGCACAAAUCGAUGGCAGUAAACCGGUGAAGGAGGCCAUGUCGCCUUCGGUGGCUGAGAGUUUGAGGGCGAUGUUCGCAGCCUUUUUGUGGCACGAGGGUAUCGUCCACGACGCCAUGGCCUGCGCCUCUUUCCUCAAAUUCCAUCCCUCUCUUCCCAAAGAGGGCGCUCUGGUGCCAAUUCGGCCGCUUCAGUUCGCAAAUCAGACGCCCGGUUAUCCUUCGCCCAAUCAGGCAACACCGAAUUCGGCUCAGGCAAGACAGCUGACGAAGGAGGAACGCGCUCGGCAGCGCCAUAGCGCCGCAGAGGUGACCAUAGGCGGCGGAGCAGGAGCAGGAGCGGGAUAUUAUGGACUCAGUCAGAUUCAGCCUGGUGCUUUAGAUGCGUUGACGAGGAGCGCCGCCAAUGCGGCUGCUAAUAGGAGCAAUAGGGGAUCUAGGAAGAAUAGUAAUCCGCAGCAGGCUAAUGCUAUGGUUAUCAAAGAAGAAGUGGCAGGCACAUCUGCUUCAAAUAAAUUAUCAAGUUUACCAGAAAUGGUGUCAGUUUUACCACCGGCACUCAGAUCCAUUGUUUUACUUUGGGAGCAGCUCAGUAAGAAUUACAUGACCGAAUUCAGAGUACUUGAGAGUCCCAGUAUUACCAGGCCUGCAAUGCCUUCUAUGUCGCCUCCGAACACGCAAAAGGCGCAGGCGUCCUACGUCAACAGCGGUUACAACAAUUCUAGCAAUAACAGCUCUGCUGCAGCAGCAGCUAAGGAUUCUAAUCGGUUUAACAACGAACGCGCCAGAUUGGCCAAGGAGAUGAAAUCCACCUCAGGAAAAAGCGCCAAAUUGAGAAAGUUCUUUAAGAAGACAUCACCAAUAGAUGACGCAACAGUCGACUUCCGCACCGGUUUCCCCAAGCCGACUUGCGAGCUAUGUCCUCCUAAAUCGGAGGCCCUGCUUGCUCCAGGAAUGUCGAUAACCAGGCACAUGCGAGCCGAACAUCCUGGUUGCACCAGACCGGCAGAUGGACGCGGUUACAAUUCGGCAGGACACUAUUGCAGAGGAUGGGCAGGCAAUUGCGGAGACGGGGGUACAGAAGGCAGUUCCUGGUACCUCCUGUGCGAUUCCUGUCGCGAACGAUACCUCUACAUUGCCUCCUUACCAGAAUCGACUUCGAACACAAAUGCAUCUGGAACAGACAUGUUGCAUCCUGCAUACAAAACAAGAACCACUGACAACAACAGUGCCGAUCUCCAAAUGGCCGAUCGCAAAUUGUAUGCCAGACACGCCCUUUCACCAGUCGUCUGCUCCGGAACAGAAUUGCACGAGAUGAUAAAACAAAACGCGAUGUUUUUGCUGGAACUGGCGUCGGCUGCUAACACUGGUUUAGCGACUCACAAUAUAUCGAACCGUCGCCUUUCCCAAACGAGCUACUCUCCUCUGCCUUCGGUGCGAGAACGAGGUGGAGCAGCCUCUGCUUCGCCCUGCUCCGCUGCGACGGGAGUUUCGCCCCCGGAUCAGUCGCCGUGGACGCCACUGCCUCCGUUCCAGUGCCUCCAGGCUUUAGGGGCGAACGGAGCAGGAGGAUCGGGGGAUACGCCGCCACAAUUUGGAGACGACGCCUUGGGAGGACUGUUUUGUACGGAUGAAGAUCUGUAUAGUAAUAAGAGGCAUUCGACUGGGCCUGAUAGCUUAUCGAAGAGGCCUCUAUCCGAAGCCAUACCUUCCGACUACGACUUCGCUUCUCCCGACUUCCACCUGCAGCAGCAGCAGCAAUACGCCGCCCAGCAGUCGAACAAUUCGAGGUUCCAUCGAUCAGUUUCGAUGGGUCUAGGAGGCGUUUUAGGACAAGAAGCAGGACAGUCUUCAGGGAGCAACGUGCCGAUAGGCGGAGGAGGUCAGGGACCUACUCCGAUGCGAGGAGCAGGCGUCGUUCUGAGGAAGAGGAAUUAUAGCGGAGGAGAAAUGAACAACGAUGCAGGUUCUUCGCUUUUAUGCUACCCUUCACCAAACCUUCAACGACUGGUUCCCGAAGGAACAGCAACAAGUGGUUUACCAUCUUCAGACCCCGAAGACACUUUUAAUGAUCCUAAUCAUAUUUGGAAUAGACCUACGAUGACCUUCCUGGUGCAAAACCACGAUUUGAACCUGCUCAGAUUGGCUAUGAAGCAGGCCAUUAGGAAGGCUACUUGUCGGAUAUAUGCUUUACAGGCAAUGAACUGGUUAUUAAGAUCGGUGUCUCAGCCGAGUUGCCUGCACGACUUACUUUGGUGGUUUGUGUAUUCACUGAAUCCUAGUCAGCCCGAACAGGAACCUUUGGACGAUGCUUGCGAUGUCAGACAGGAUGAUUUGGAGAGUUCACCCUGCUCCCACCCCGUCUCCGACUUGAGCCACUUCGCAGGGGAGCAGUGUGCCCUUUUGGCAGGUGCCUUCCACUCCCUGCUCCGGGGAGUCGCGGCCCUGACCCUUUCUCUGCCUCCAGGGUCGCCCUUGCAGACCCAGGCCAUCAGGUGUUGGGCAGUCAGGUUCACUGCUAGUGACCAUGCAUUCCUACACAGAUCUCAUGUUUUUGGGAACAUAAGCAAGAUCUUGUCGAGAUCUGAAGAAGAGGCUAGUGAAGAUGCUGUGAAUUCGUUGUGCGAGAAUAAUACUGUGGCAAACACCAAUGCUGUUUCUGUCGAAUGGCUCCAAGACGUGACUCAGUAUGUGGAAAUCCGCUGCUCCAGCAGGCAGGCGAUGAGUGCUAGUCUGGUCGAUGAUAGCACCGAGACUUUCUGGGAAUCUGGUGAUGAAGACAGGAAUAGACCCAAACAUAUUGACUUGAUAUGGCCUGAUGACGAUAACGAGAAGACUUGCCCGAAGGCCGUAUAUGUUCAUGUCGAUAAUACCAGAGAUAUAGGGAACAAAGUAUCAGCUUUGAGCUUCUACAACGGUGUGAAUUUCUCCGAGAUGAAGCUGAUUAAAUCGGUCGAUGUUGAAAGUCGAUCUGGUACCUGGAUUGUGUGCUUCUUACCAGAUAAGCCCAAAUUCAACGUCCGCAUCGAAGCCCACGGUCCGGACAACUCUCUUAGAAUCAGGCAAGUCAGGAUUCUAGGCAACCUGGCACCAGGACCUGGACAGGAUCGUUUGUCCAGGACCAUUCGGCAGCAAAGUGCAGCCAGUGUCCAGCGAAGGAAUUGCGAGACUGAGACUUUGAAAGUUUUCCGAUUGAUUACAUCACAGGUGUUUGGUAAACUGAUUUUGGGAGAGUCAGUCCCCGAAAAUAUAAAUUAUUCCGCAGACAGAGACCAGGAUAUCGAUAGUUCGAAUGGAGAUUCUGGUUCUUUGGAUUUACGCGAACACAUGGUUGGAAUCCUAUUUUCUAGGAGCAAGCUGACUCAUUUGCAGAAACAGGUUAUCGUGCACAUAGUCCAAGCAAUCCGCAAGGAAGCAGUUCGAGCCCGCGUCGAAUGGGAAACAUUCCUUUGCACUCCUUCGAAUGAGACAGCCCUCGAAGGAAAUUCUACGCCGACUCAGCCGAACACUUCGCAGAAUCAUGCCUCUGUAACUCAGCACCAAAACAGUAGCACCGAGUCGCUAACCAAGUCACCGGAUAAUUAUUGCUUCGAAAUGCUGAGCAUGGUUUUGGCUUUAUCGGGGAGCAGUGUCGGAAGGGCUUACCUAUCGACACAGCAUGGCCUGCUGCGAGAUUUGUUCAGUUUGCUGCAUACGGGUAGCGCCAGGGUGCAGAGACAGGAGAGUUCACCCUGCUCCCACCCCGUCUCCGACCUGAGCCACUUCGCAGGGGAGCAGUGUGCCCUUUUGGCAGGCGCCUUCCACUCCCUGCUCCGGGGAGUCGCGGCCCUGACCCUAUCUCUGCCUCCGGGAUCGCCUUUGCAGACGCAGGCCAUCAGGUGUUGGGCAGUCAGAUUCACUGCUAGUGACCACGCAUUCCUACACAGAUCUCAUGUGUUCGGGAACAUAAGCAAGAUCUUGUCAAGAUCUGAAGAAGAAGCGAGUGAAGAUGCUGUGAAUUCGUUGUGCGAGAAUAAUACUGUGGCAAACACCAAUGCUGUUUCCGUCGAAUGGCUCCAAGACGUGACCCAGUACGUGGAAAUUCGCUGCUCCAGCAGGCAGGCUAUGAGUGCUAGUCUGGUCGAUGAUAGCACCGAGACUUUCUGGGAAUCUGGUGACGAGGACAGGAAUAGGCCCAAACAUAUCGAUUUGAUAUGGCCUGAUGACGAUAAUGAGAAGACUUGCCCGAAGGCCGUCUAUGUUCAUGUCGAUAAUACCAGAGAUAUCGGGAACAAAGUUUCGGCUUUAAGCUUCUACAACGGUGUGAAUUUCUCCGAGAUGAAGCUGAUUAAAUCGGUCGAUGUUGAAAGUCGAUCUGGUACAUGGAUUGUGUGCUUUUUACCAGAUAAGCCAAAAUUCAACGUCCGCAUCGAAGCCCACGGUCCGGACAACUCUCUUAGAAUCAGGCAAGUCAGGAUUCUAGGCAACCUGGCACCAGGACCUGGACAGGAUCGUUCGUCCAGGACCAUUCGGCAGCAAAGUGUAGCCAGUGUCCAACGGAGGAAUUGCGAGACUGAGACUUUGAAAGUUUUCCGAUUGAUUACAUCACAGGUGUUCGGAAAAUUGAUUUUAGGAGAAUCCGUUCCCGAGAAUAUAAAUUAUUCCGCAGACAGAGAUCAGGAUAUCGAUAGCUCCAAUGGAGAUUCUGGUUCUUUGGAUUUACGCGAACAUAUGGUUGGAAUUCUAUUUUCUAGGAGCAAGUUGACACAUUUGCAGAAACAGGUUAUCGUGCACAUAGUCCAAGCAAUCCGCAAGGAAGCAGUUCGAGCCCGCGUCGAAUGGGAAACAUUCCUUUGCACUCCUUCGAAUGAGACAGCCCUCGAAGGAAAUUCUACGCCGACUCAGCCGAACACUUCGCAGAAUCAUGCCUCUGUGGCUCAGCACCAAAACAGUAGCACCGAGUCGCUCACCAAGUCACCGGAUAAUUAUUGCUUCGAAAUGCUGAGCAUGGUUUUGGCUUUAUCGGGGAGCAGUGUAGGAAGGGCUUACCUAUCGCAUCAGCAUGGCCUGCUGCGAGAUUUGUUCAGUUUGCUGCAUACGGGUAGCGCCAGGGUGCAGAGACAGGUGACAUCACUCCUUCGUCGCAUAUUACCAGACGUUGCACCAUCGGCUUUAUGUGCAGUCAUUUCCGUUGCAAAACUACCUCCUCAAGAUUAUGCAGUCGUUGCAUCCGAAAACGACGAAGAAUUCGAUAUGCACCAGAUGGGUAUCCUCGAUGUCUUCCUCGGCUGCAUUGCCAAGGCCCUAAGAGUCCAAGUGAAGACCCAAUCAAGAAGUGUCAUCGUGGCAACUUUAUCGGCCUAUUUAGGCAGUUCAAUUGAUGCAACCACUACCAGUCACCAUCAAGACGAUGAAGAUGAAGAAGCCCAAGGCGAUGAAGACAGGUUGAGAAAUGUUACAAAUGAUGAUAUUCCGGUGCACAAUGGCAGAUGGUGGUUGGCUGGUGACGUUGCUGCAAAACAAGCCGAAGGGAUUAUUAAAUUGUUGAAGGAUAUGGCAAUGGGUAAGCUUUCGGAAGCAUGGGCCUAUGUCACAAAAUCAGCCAUAGCUCAAGCGAUUUUGAAUUUAACACGACUUGACGACAAGUAUCGUUCACCACAGGCUUGUCUUAAAACGCCAACGUUGUGGUUGGCCCUUGGUGCACUUUGUGUGUUAGACGAAGAGCACGUUGAAAAGUUAUCAUCUGGCCGAUGGAGCACCACCAAUGCACCACAACGGUCUAUUCAAGCAUCAGAACAACAAGCACCAGCACCUGCACCUGGGCCAACUUGUGCAAAUCAUGAUGAUGGAGAAACCAGGGCUCUGGUUUUGUGUACCGAGUGCGGAGCUCUUUGUGCAGAAUGUGAUCGUGUUUUGCAUCUACCCAAGAAAGCCAAAGAUCACAUGAGAACUGUUUGUAAAGAAGAAGUAGACGCCAUCCGUGUCGAUCUCCACGAAGGUUGCGGUCGUGCCAAGUUGUAUUGGUUAUUAGCCUUAACCGAUGCCUCCAGAUUGAAGGCUCGCGUUGAAUUCCGGGAUCCUGGUAGCGGCCCUGGUGGUGCAAUAGGCCCUGGUGGUUUCGAUCCGUCUGGACAACAUGUUACAGCAGGUUAUGCAGCGACACAAGGCGUGUGCAGGUUCUGCAAAACACAAGGAGACACCGGGCUGUUGGCUAUAGGGAAUGUUUGUGCCGAUGAAGAAUGCCAGGAACUUGCUCGCAAUGCCUGCUGCAAGCGUCUACCGUGCGGUCAUCUAUGCGGAGGGAUAGCAAACGAGCAGCGCCAUCUGCCGUGUCUGCGCGGAUGCGAUGUUCCGAUUGCUGGGAGCAGCCAGAUUAAAACUCCUGAUGAUCACUGCAAGGCGAGGUAUGUUUCAACGAAAAUUUCUUGGGAUGGAGCACAAGCCAGAUAUGAAAUUGCACCGUCCACCAGCAGCAGCGACAUUAAGAUACCCAGACCGAGAUUGACACAGGAUGGGGAGGACAUGUGCAUGAUCUGCUUCACGGAGAAUUUAUCUUGUGCUCCUAGCCUGCAAUUGGCUUGCGGCCACGUCUUCCAUGCGCACUGCUGCAGGAACAUUCUGUCGAACAGGUGGCCGGGGCCCAGGAUCACUUUUGCAUUUUCCCAAUGCCCAAUCUGCAAGGCUGAUAUCGUGCAUGAGUACCUCGAAGAUUUGAUUACGCCGAUAAGAGAGUUGUAUGCAGAUGUGAAGAGGAAGGGCCUGAUGCGUUUGAAGUACGAAGGUCUUUUGGAUCCUGAAACCGAGACCCUUAAGCCGAGUGUUGCGAGCCGGUAUAAAGGGGAUGCGACCGCUUAUGCAAUGGAACGAUACGCAUAUUAUGUUUGCUAUAAAUGCAACAAGGCUUAUUACGGUGGAGAGGCCCGCUGCGACAUGGCCAAUCAGCAGGGCGCCGGCGAGGAGGCCUCCUACGAGGCUUGCGAGUUGGCCUGCGGCGCCUGCAGCGACGUCUCCGGCGCCCGAACAUGCCCGCGACACGGCAUGGACUUCCUCGAGUACAAGUGCCGCUACUGCUGCUCCGUCGCCGUGUUCUUCUGCUUCGGCACUACGCACUUCUGCAACGCCUGUCACGAGGACUUUCAGAGGGUCGCCAACGUGCCGCCGGAGGAGCUGCCGGUGUGCCCUGCAGGACCAAAAGCAACACAACUGGAAGGCGACGAAUGUCCACUUCACGUAAAACAUCCUCCGACUGGCGAAGAAUUCGCUUUGGGUUGUGGAGUCUGUAGAACUUGCCACACAUUUUAAACUAUACACACACACAUUACAUACACAUACACAC